UGAACUGAAAAACGGAAACGACGUUAAAAUUUUGCGUCUCAUUUAGAGCGGAGUUUUUUCUGCAACCUGGAUUUAUACACUUGCAUUUAGAUAAGAAUAAAAAUCGUUCUUGCUCCGAAAAUCUCAAAAAAUAAGAACACUCAACGAAGGAUUUCGGCCAUUUAUCGUAUAAGUGUUAUAAAAAAGAAAGAUUAGUAAAAAUGCAUUAAAAAAGAUUGCAAAGAAUUACAUAUAAUGACAGAAAGUUACAUAACGAAUACGCAAGUGAUUUAAAUUCUUAAUCACAUUAAGCAUUUAUCUGUGUGAGAAUAUUUUAUUGCAUAAAAAGAAACAAGUUCGCCGUAUUUAAUGCUUCGAGAAUCAAGCAAAAAGAACAUAAUUACCUAUUUAAUUCAACAUUAAUAUUUAAUGUUACUAGGAAGGAAUGUUACAAUCCUUAAAUAUGAAAACCGCAUUAAAAGCAGUUUUUCCUCCAUUAUUUUUGCAAGGAAAAAAUGCAGCGUCCGUAAAGAUGUUUCGUAUCACUUCUAAUAUCGACGAUAGCAAAAUCGCAAAGCGAUUGGCACUUUCGUGACGUAAAUGAUUAUAUAUUCGUGGACUGUAUUUUUCCUGUAACUGUCAAAUUUGUUUCUCGAGACAAAUCAAUAUAGAAUAAGUCAACAAUUAUUUAGCAUGCUCGCGAAAUAAGUGACCUUGAUACAAAUCUCGACUGAUGAGUCCCGCGUGGUGGACAGAUGUUGUCCACUUGAUCAACACGUGGCCGACAGGUUCGCAAAAGAUUUUUAUCAUCUAAAUAUUAUCUUAAAAUCAUUUUCGAACAUAAUGGCGGCGGGGGAAAGCUCGACCAAGGACUGGAACGUGGCUAGAACCGGUAUCUCCCUGCUGUUGAACAACAAAAUCGAGGAGGCUGAGGCUCUGUUUACCGAGCAUCCUUAUAGCUUCCAUGUCAAAGCCGGCCGCUGCUUUGUCCUCUUCAUGAAUGCUUUGAUGACUUUCGAAGAUGAUAAGCUUCAGCAAGCCAUAUUAUUGCUUAAGGAUAUGGAACGGGAAUGUGCGGGUGAUAUUGGAUGGCUAAAGUCCGUGAAAAGUAAAGUGUUUCGAGCAGAAGAGACCGGCAAGGACUAUGUGAAUAAAUUGGAGCGCCAAAUCGUUCUGGCAGAUUCGCAAGUUUGCUCGGCCAUAUUAACGCUUCUGCAGCAAGAGCUAACCGGAUACGUCCGUGGUGGUUGGAUGCUUCGUAAAGCUUGGCGAGUUUAUCAGCAUGCGUAUACUCAAAUCUCGCAGCUAUAUCGUCGGACCUUUGGUACAAAUCCGACGGGACUCAGUCCAUACUGCGGCACUCCCACGAGCAACGGAUCCUCUUUGCAGAGUCCGCAAAGUCCAGAAUCCUCGGAAUGGUCGAUUCCCUCCUGCAACGGUUACGUGAACAACAUGACACCCGUAUCGUCGCCAUCAGGUCUGCGAAGCUCUCUAUCAAUGUUCUUCUCGCUCACUGGCAUCACCUCCGAACAACAGACACCCUUCGUGGAACCUACGGAGGUGACACGUUUAAUGUCGGCCGCGAGUUUCGGUUAUGGUAUAUACCAAUUAUGUGUGAGCCUUUUGCCACCGUCUCUAUUGAAAGUAAUCCACUUCUUGGGCUUCGAGGGUGACAGACAGGCUGGUCUUACCGCCCUUAUGUACGCACGACUCAGCGAAGAUAUGCGCGCACCGCUUGCCACAUUGUCCCUCCUUUGGUAUCACACAAUCGUACGUCCGUUUUUCGCACUUGACGGUUCCAAUGUGAAAGCGGGUGUCGCAGUAGCAAAACAGCUGAUAGCUGAAUGUCACACUGAAUUUCAUAAUUCUGCACUCUUUCUCUUCUUCGCUGGUAGAGUGGAACGUCUAGAGUCAAACGUCGAUGCAGCCCUUGAAGCGUAUGGCAAAGCUGUGGAGAUUUCGACUCAGCGUGAAAUCAAAUUACUAUGUUUGCACGAAGUGGCUUGGUGUCAUUUGAUACGUUUGAGCUACGAGGAAGCGUAUCGAUCCUUGUUGCAAUUGCAACAUCAGUCUAGGUGGUCCAAGAGCUUCUACGCGUACCUAGCCAUGGUUUGUUGCGGAGCAAAUAGCAAAUUUGACGAUCUCCUAACGAUUUACGACAAAAUACUUCACUGGUUUGACGAGAUGAACAGGGAGACGCAACUCGGCGCUUUCAUUUUGCGCAGAGUGCCGAAACUCAUCGACAAAGACACCGGACGUCCAUAUACAGUUUUGUAUUAUAGAUUGCUUGUAUACGAAUUAUUGUACUUAUGGAAUGCUAUGCCGUCCUGUUCCACCGAAUCGCUGCGUGGAAUAUUGUGGGGUAAUAAUCGAUUGAUUUUCGUUCAUUGUGUGUUGCAUAAUGAAACGACACUAAUGAGUGCGCGAAAUACUUUUUGUUGUGUUAACGCAGGAAAUUGUCCGGGUACUUCAGCUAGUUGCAAUCAACGAUUCGCAUGGUGUACGAAACUAAUCAAACCUUUCGUUUUCUGCAUCAUCACGUCAAUGCUCGCAAUGUCCGUAUCCCAUCUUUGCGAUAAAUAUUCUGCUAAUGCGUCAUUCAAGAUGAUCAAGGCAGAUUUGAGAAAUUUGAGAGCUCAUUUAGGAACUCUCUCGUUGGAAGUGAAAAACGUAAUUGAGAUGCGCAACGAAUUGAAGAGCAAAUUGAAGGAAGUGGGCAACGUGAUUCCGAAAAUGUCAGAAGCUAUUCUCAAUCUGAGGAAGGAAGUGUCCGAGGAAAUGAAUCUACACACGAAGAACUUGCUGAAGGCUCUAUCACUAGAAACCGUCAAAGAUAUGGUGAGAAACGAAUUACAAACAUAUGAUGCCGAUAAAACUGGAAGGACGGAUUAUGCUCUUGAAAGUUCAGGUGGUACGAUCCUUUCGACACGUGAUACCGAGCCCUAUUCGACCGGUGCACCUGUACUCAAUCUGUUCGGCAUACCGCUUUGUCAGCAGCAAAAUACACCCCGAGCCGUGAUACAGACCGGCGUUUUGCCGGGCGAAUGCUGGGCCUUCAAAGGUAGCCGCGGCAGUGUGGUGAUCCGACUACUUGGCCAGGUGAACGUGUCCGGAAUCAGUCUCGAACAUAUUUCCCCGUUGAUAUCCCCGACUGGGGAAACCGCCACAGCUCCUAGAGAUUUUUCCAUUUGGGGUUUGACAGAUCUCGAAGAUGAGAAGCCUUUUUCAUUUGGUACAUUCACGUAUGACAAUACUGGUUCACCAUUGCAAUAUUUUGAGAUCCAGAAUCGAUCGAAAGAAGCAUAUGAGAUAAUCGAGUUGAAAGUCCAUUCCAAUAGUGGUAAUCCAGAGUAUACGUGUAUUUAUAGAAUACGAGUGCAUGGUACGCUUAAUCGAAUAUGAAUUUAAAACACAACAGAAGAUUUCUGUGUGGGAUGAAUAUAGAUGUACUAAACGCGUUACCGCUUAAUCAUCAAAGGAUCCAUUAUCGUAAUAAUGUAAUAUCGAUUAUGCAUUGGGUGUAAAUCAGGGCUUGUG